AUUCACCUACCUCGUCUCUCACGCUACCCAAUUCUUGUUUCCACCAUGAAGCUCCGACUGAGAUCUCUGCAAAAUAAAGAUACUUUUAAAUUGGAUUUGCCUAAUGACUGCACUCUGCAACUGCUCCGAGAAACCCUUUCUCAUGCCCUCUCUUCUUCUUCUUCUUCUUCUUCUUCUCUUUGUUUCUCUCUUAACAGAAAGGAGGAGCUUUCCUCGUCUUCCCUCCAGGACUCUCUCCGAUCCCUGGGUAUCACCUCCGGAGACCUUAUCUAUUUCUCUCUCAACCCAGAUGAAUUUUCACCGUCUCCUCAAAUGCUAGUUUUAAGCUCGGAUCAGUUCUUGCAUGAACAGGAUGGAGCUCAACAAGGUAAUCUUCAAGCACAAUCCCCGAAUUAUGAAGGAUCUGCAACUUUUGAUCCGAGUUUGACUGAAAAUCGCGAAACCCCAGAUCAAGAUGUGUCUGUAAAAGAAACGAAGUUCUCAGGAACUAGUACUUCAAUUAAGGAAACCCUAAUUCAGGAUUUGCCUGUAGGAGGACAAUCUGACAUGGGUGAUGAAGUUAUUCAAGAACAGCGACCUCUAAUUUCAAAUACUCAGAUGGGAGAAACCCUAGAAACCGAUGAAUUGUCAAGUGAAGAAGGUAUGGAUAUUGAUACUGGGUCUUUGGAUGUGGAUUUCAAGAGGGUUUCUGAGCCGUGUUUCUUGAAGAGGGUAUUGAGUGAAGAAUUGGGUGCUGAUAUUAGUGACAAUAAGCUUUUGUUUAUAGCUAUUCACGCUGUUUUCUUAGAAUCUGGUUUUGUUGGGUUUGAUUUAGUAUCUGGAUUGCGAGUUGAUCUGUUCCAUCUUCUGGAAGAGCAGUCUUCUAUGUCUUUCACUACGUCGGUUAGUUAUACUCUCCCUGAACUUUUGCUUGAUGAUACUGUUACUGAAUCAGUCAUUUUGAAGUUUCAGACUUUAGGGAAUUUUGUCAAUGUAUAUGGGUCAUUGGCCAAGAAGCAGUCAUGGCUGCAUAGAUUGUGCGUGAAUAAAUCUAAAUAUGUGCCCUCUAUUGGUUGCCUCUUGCAAAAUUGUGACGAGAAUAAUGGGGUGAAUGAGAAUUAUGAAUUGUCUAAGUACUCCCCUGAAAAUGAAGUUUUUGAGCUUUGGAAAAUUGUGAAGGAUCAGCUUGCUUUGCCAUUGUUGAUAGAUCUUUGUGAAAAGGCUGGUUUGGGUCUUCCCCCAUGCUUGGUGCGUCUCCCAUCAGACCUAAAGCUCAGGAUUUUGGAGUUCCUUCCUGGUGUUGAUAUUGCAAGAAUGGCAUGUGUAUGUAAAGAGAUGCGGUAUUUGUCUUCAAACAAUGAUUUAUGGAAGCAAAGAUAUGAUGAAGAAUUUGGAAUUGGAAAAGGAUUACAGGGAAUUACCAAUUGGAAAGCAAGGUUUGCUUUAUUUUGGGAGAUCAAGAAGAAGCGAAAGAGGGAGCGUCGGUUUCGAUUUACCCCCUUUCACUUGUAUCUUGGAACUGAACCUGAACCUGGACCUAAUCCAUUUGGCCUUCCUCUUCCAGUGGUAGGUGGUGACUAUGACCGGCUUCCUGGCCUUGGUGUUCCAUUCCCUUUUGGACCACCUAAUCGACCAUUUCAAAGACGAUCGCGUAGAAGUUUUUCUCCCAGUUGUAAUCUUGGAGGAUUCAAUAGAUAGUUUGGUCAUAUUGAGGUUUUUCCUAUAUCAUGCUGAAUGCUAUAAAUUGGCUCGUUGAGGACAUUUUGGAGAUAGUUUGCAAUUGCAUGCGCAUCUAAUUUUAGUAGUUGUAAUGGUAUCUCGCUAGAAUGCUUGCUCCUGUGGGAGUCCCUUGGUUAUAUUCUGAAAACUGAAGUUUGAUUUUGUUUAUAUGGCAAAAUAAAAGUACAUAUUGUCAUUG